AUUCCCAUGUAAACAAUCCAACAACAUCGUCUCGCACCCGGAAAGAAAGAGGAAGACCCCCUGCUUUCCGAAGUCUUGCUCAUCAAGCAAAGGCGUCGCCUUUCCUUCAAUCCUCGCUCCCACACUAUAAAAGUCUCGAUCUUUCAAUUUCCUCAGUCAAUUCUCUUCUCUUCCCCACACACCCUUCAACCGCAGACCCAUAAAUUCUUCGCCCUUGUCUCUCGCUCCUCCCCCCCUCCUCCCGACCGUCGAUGGCGAAGCUGAAGGUGGCCGGCACGUGGUCCGGCGCGAUAGAGGUCGAGCUGGACGACUGGACGGUCCCGAUGCUGCGGGCGGAGGUGGCGAGGCGAUCCGGCCUGAGCCCGAGCUCGAUCAACCUGAUCUGCGGCGGCAAGGUGCUGAAGGACGACGCCGGCGGCGGCGGGGCGGCGGCGGCGAAGCUGAGCGAGCUCGGCGUAAGGGGCAACGCCAAGAUACUCUCGACCCGGGUCUGCGUUGACCAGGGGAAGUCGCUGCAGGAGGAGGCCAUGGCCGAGGACGAGCGUUCUCGCAGGCUCGCUCGGGUCAAAGCAGCUGCCACUGCACUGGCUAAGAGACAUGCAGAUGGGUCAUUGCCACUUGAAGACUUCAACAUAGAACUGGAAGAUCAGAGUGGAAAGAAAGUAAAUAUGGGAUCUGAAACUGAUCAGAGAGCCGUGAUGAUGGGCUUGAUGCUUCACUCAAAUGCAAAGCAACUUAUAAGGAGGCAAAAGUAUGAAGAUGCAUUGGAAGUUCUUGCUAUGGGUGAGGAAUCCUUCUCUCUCUGCAAUCCCCAGUUCAUUGAGAUGGUUGACAAUGUUCCUAUACUGCAAAUAGACAUGGUAUGGUGCUAUUUCAUGCUUCGAGACAUCUCAUCACUCUCGGUGGCUGGAAUUCGACUACAAAAGGCCAGAGAAGGGAUUGAGCGUGCUCAUGGAAAGGAUUACUCUCGUGUUAGACUCCUUCAAGGAGGUCGCUAUCCAGAGAUUGCUUUGCAUUUGCGGUUAGAGCUGUUGGAAGGAGUGGUAGCUUAUCACAGUGGUCAUCUCGAUAAGUCACAAAAAGCAUUGACAUCUGCACAAGAAAAGUUCUUCAAGCUGCAGGUGCCAGAUGAAUCUUUAUCACUAGUAAUGAGCAUGGGCUUCAAAGAGCGUGAUGCCAGGAGGGCAAUACGCAUGACCAACCAAGAUGUUGGGAGUGCUGUUGAUUUUCUAAUCGAGGAAAAGGCUAAGAGGUUACAGAAACGUGAGGAGGAUAUGAAGCGAAGACAGGAAAUCGAGGAGCAAAAGUCUUAUGGAGUGACACCCACGAAGAAACCUGUGGACCUCCAAAGAUUAAAUGAACUGGUCUCCAUUGGUUUUGAGAAGGCACUUGCUGCUGAAGCCCUUCGAAGAAAUGAGAAUGACACUCAGAAAGCACUGGAUGAUUUGACCAACCCUGAAACUAAUGCUGCCAUUCAGAAUGACAUAGAAUCGAGAAAAAGAAAAAGACAGCUGAAAUCAGAUGAAGCGGCAAUUGAGCAGCUUGUAGCAAUGGGCUUUGAAAGAUCGAGAGUGAUCGAAGCGGUUAGUGGCGGUCGCACUGUGGAGCAAGCAAUGCAACAACUACUUGUGCAGCCUCAGAGUCUUCCAAACCAACCUGAGAAUGCCAGUCCCGCAACUUCUACUCCUGCAACUACUUCUGCCUCAUCUAUCAACAAUGAGGAUUCGGGUAGUACGAACAAUAUCGAUGAAGUGGGAGAUACAUCUGCACAUGCUGGAAUGGAUGACCGGGAUGUAGAGAUGGAGGAAGAACUUGCAGAUGAGUUGGCUCAAGCCGAUGCUUUUUCCGACUAUGAUAUUGAAGUCACGAAAGAAGGAGAAGCGAUAGAGGAGUACCUUUCUCUGCUCGCUUCAGCUGGUGGCAGUAGCAGCGAAUCUCAACCUCGGUAGGGUAUGAAUGUUUCUAGCAUCGCUGCCAUAUAAAUAAGUUGUUAGAUAAUGCAUCAGUUCAGGCAGUGUGUAAAUGUUUAAUCUGAUUAUCGGAGAAAAACCUAACUGCGUCGCAGAUGAACUCAAUUCUGAUUCAUCAAAAUAGGUUUCAACAACUUCUUUACAAA